UUUAUUAUUAUCGUGUCUUCCUGUUUGCUGUUGCCUGGUUGUUCUGAAGCAUGUUGGCAAAGAGACACUUCUGCGAGCUGAAACACGGACAAACAGCUCAACUACGCACUUCAACGCGCGGGUCACUGUGAACUUAUGCAGAAUGGUGCCACCACAAGAUAAUGUGAUGGCCUGGCACUGCACGCAAGUGGCCCAGUGGCUGCAGGAAGAAGGUUUCGGGGAGUAUGUGGAGUUGCUGUGCACCCAUCACCGCCUGGAUGGCCCCAGCCUGCUGACUCUGACUGAGGCUGACCUGCGUGGGCCUCCAUUGGGCCUCACUGUGCUCGGAGAUAUCAAGAGAUUAGUCUUAUCCCUACGCCGACUACAGAGGCAGAACCGGACCCAGUUAGAGGAUCUGGGCUUGAGACCUACAGACCGAUUUUCAGCUGAAAUUCUGCAGAGUGCUGUGGGGUUUGAGUGGACUUGUAAUGGAGCUGAUUGGAGGUCCAGCAUAAGUGACCGUGAGUGUAACGGGACUGAGCUGCGGCAAAGGAACCGUGAUAGAUUACGUUAUAGCACAAGAGAGGGGCUGUGUCACGUGCACUCCAACGGGAGUUGUCAGGAGCACCUGCCAGGCCGAUUGGACCCAGAGGUGUGGAAGACGGUCCUCAGCUCCAUCUAUGUGAUGUUUGUGUUCGGAUUCACUUCGUUUGUCAUGGUUAUCGUGCAUGAACGUGUGCCAGACAUGAGGACGUAUCCACCACUGCCUGACAUAUUCCUGGACAGUGUUCCCAGAAUUCCUUGGGCCUUUGCAAUGGCUGAAGCAUGUGGUGUCAUCCUGUGCUACAUGUUUUUGUUGGUCCUCCUGCUUCACAAACACAGAUCCAUUCUCUUCAGGCGCCUGUGCUGUUUGAUGGGGACGGUGUUUUUGCUCCGUUGCUGCACCAUGUUUGUCACCUCACUCUCUGUGCCUGGGCAACACCUACAGUGUGUGAGUAAGAUGUACGGCGAUACCUGGGCAAAGAUAGAGAGGGCGCUGGCAAUCUGGAGUGGAUUUGGAAUGACGCUGACUGGAGUCCAAACCUGUGGAGACUACAUGUUCAGCGGCCACACUGUCGUCAUCACUAUGCUCAACUUUUUUGUCACCGAAUACACUCCACGAAGCUGGCAUCUGAUUCACACCAUCUCGUGGGUGUUGAACCUGUUUGGGAUUUUCUUCAUCCUGGCGGCUCACGAGCACUACUCCAUCGACGUGUUCAUCGCCUUCUACAUCACCACCCGCCUCUUCUUGUACUACCACACCUUAGCCAACACACGUGCCUACCACCAGAGCCGCAGGGCUCGAAUUUGGUUCCCCAUGUUCUCCUUCUUUGAGUGCAAUGUGAACGGGCCAGUCCCCAACCAGUACCACUGGCCUUUUAACAAACCUUCCUUCAUGAAGACACUUAUUGGAUAGUGUAUUUUUUUCUUUUUAAGUAAUGCUAAAACUGCAGCUUUUUACUUGAAAUGUCGUGGCGCUUUGGGCAGGUAUCAUUUUAUUACCUGUAAGACCAACUCCCUCUUUCACAUGUGCACAGAUGUUUGCAGUGUCGCCCGAUCAUGUGUUUUAAAUUCAUUUGGAUGCUGUCUGCAACAAACUAGCUUGUUGUGGGGCCUCCACCUUUCAGGGAUAGAUGUGGCACCCUGGACAGUUCUUUAAAGGUUUUCAGGCAUUUAUUUUCCUUUGAAAUAACCGCUUUGAUUAUUCAUUUGUCACUUGGCUUCAGCUUCACUGGUGCUGUGACGUCUUUGCCUCACACCAUAUUUAUUGCAAACUGAGUGUGUCACACAGUUAUAAUGCCUGUUUGUUAGGUGUCACUUCAAAUGCUUUGCAGCAAACAGCUUUGGCACCUAUUUGGCUACCAAAGUAAGUCAGAUGUGCAACAUAAAAGCACCACCUGUUUUUUAAAAUUAUUUAUUUUUUUAUUAAGGACACUUUGUGGACAGAUCUGUGCAGUUCAUGCACGUUUCAUUGGAUGAUUCUGACAUGUUUAUUGCAAUGUUUGUCCAUUUAAUCCUCAGCAAACUUGAUUUAGGUAUUUUUUUUAAACGGUAUUAAAUUAAUAUAGAGCAUUGGUUAUAAGUAUAUACAGAAUACAAAUGUUUGUGACUGAAUUUUCUUGGUGCGUUAUUGACCAAAAAUGAGUUUUGCACUGACUUUUGAUUACUAAUGUUGGCACACUCCUGUCUAUCAAAGAUCCAAACAUAGACAUUGUUUACUGUAUUGUUGUUGAUACAAAUUUUGAUAAUUUGUUUACAAUUUGUGCCAUUAUUUGCAAUGUAUAAGUAAUGCAUAUCUGCCUUUUGGCUCUCCAGUUAAUGUUUACAAAUAAUGAGGACAAUUUUGUUUUUAUAUUUAAUUGUAUUUAACACUGACAGUUUCC